GAGAAGUUGUACAAACAAGCAAAAUCAAAAAGAAGAGUUCAUACAGUAAAGUUUUAGACCUAAUUGUGGAUCGGACGAAAGUUUUGAGUCUUGUUGUCGCCAUCAAUUUGUUUGGCAUGUAGCAUUUUUCCGGUUCGUUGCAGCAAAAGCAAAGAUGGCACUGCAGCAACCGAACCCACCGUGCGGGGACGACUUGGCUUUGUUGUUGUCGAAAAUUGUACUGCAUUUGCCGUACGACGCCAGUGCAGUGGAUCCGGAAUUCGCCUCCUACCUUCGCGAAAACGCAUUGACGUGUGUUGUGGUCGGGAAAUGGCAGACCAGCAACCUCGAGCAACUGAAAAACCACAGUCUGGCUGCGAAAGCAGCCGGCUUGGCAACGAGAACAAGUGCUGGUGGCGGCAUCGAUCGCAACAACCCGUUCGCGCGGGCGGGGCAAAAGGCGGGCAACGCGGAUUCCACCCCCGCAGCGUCGGAAGGGGGCGUCGCGUACUACUGCAGCCGUGUGCAGUCCCGCAGCUUCGGUUUGUCCAUGGUCGCGGUGAAGCAGAUUUCGGGUUCCAAAACCGCCACUUCCAAGACGGAGGAGCCCGCGUACCUGGAGCGCAAGCGGCUGCAGGUGCUGCGUAUCCAGUGCAAAAGUAUCGUUGCAAUUGCUUUUAUGCAUUACAAAUCUUUUUUGUAAGGCAAAUCCGCAUUACAAAUUCAAUUUGUAAUGCUGAGCCAAUGUGUAUUGCAAUUUCUACUAGUACGAUACUUUGCAAUGCAUACUGCGCCUCGCGUGGGAGGAUGGGUUUCCGUUGGACCUGCGCGAGAUCGGCGUGAACCCUUACACCAAAACCGUGUCCUUCACGUUGCGCGACCAGGCGCCCCUCAGCCGCGGUGCCUUUCCGUAUGCAGUGCAAAAGUAUCGUACUACUUCUACAACUCGUAUAAAAAUGCAUUACAAAUUUCCUCAGCAUGAGAAAAAACUUUGUAAUGCAGAUUUACCGUACCCGUAACAAAACAAUUAGUAAUGCAUGAUUGCAAUACGAGUACGAUACUUUUGCAAUGCAUAUUCCGGAGCACGAGCUGAAGCGGGCCGUCCGCGCGAGCGCCCGGGAGGAACGGGUCGCGAGGAAUGAGAGGGGGAACGAAACCGCGGUAGGUGUGGCAAAAGCAUCGUACUCUAGUUCUAGUAGAAAUUUUUACGAAUACAAAUUUUUCGCAGAGAUGAAGAAAUGCAAUUUGUAAUUCGGAUUUGGGUAAGAAACAACAAGGUUUGGAUUUGUCAUGAGUACGAUCCUUUUGCAUUGCAUACGCAGACCAGGCCUACGAAAUCCUGCCGCCGAAACGCGUGGCGCCAUAUGACAGUGCACAACUCCCCCUCCCCCUCAUUUGUAAUGCAAGAUCCCGAAUCCUCCAGCUGCUGCCUCGUAGCACUGUGUGCAUGACAAAUCCUGGAAGCCCAAACAACACUACACUCCAGUGCAAAUUUGUCAUGCAAAACCGGCAUUCUUUCUAAUGCUUGCAUUGCUGUUCAUGCAAUACAAAUGAGGGGGAGGGGGAGUUGUGCACUUUUAUAUGCCAAGGCGGUUCUCGACGAGCUCAAGCGCCGGUGGAGGAGCGGAAGGCCGGCUGGAGGUUGACGGCCGCAAGAAUCGAGUACAGCUGCAAAGUAUGAAAUGCAAAAGCCUCGUACUAGUAUAAAUUGCAUGACAAAUUCCCUCAGCAUGAAAAAUGAAAUUUGUAAUGCGGAUUUAGGUUAGAAGGGAGAUUUGUGAUGCAUGAUUGCGAAUUACUACGAGUACGAUACUUUUGCACAGGAUACAAACCGAGAGUACUAGCAGUGCUCUCGAAGGUCAUCUGGUUCAUUCCGACGUCGACGUGCAUCUUCCCGGGCUGAACUCGACGGCUUUCCAGCAGCUUGCGUUCCCCGAACGCGGCGCCUUGUUUCUGGAAUUCUACAUCUUCCGACCGUCGAAUAAACAACAGGUGCUGGGCGCCACGGGCGUCUCCGGGGACGUCAUCUACCACUUCAACUACACCCUGGACCUGUUCAACCUCCGGCGCCGCAGCCGCCAGAAGCUCCCCGGGGAGCUCGGUACGGUGAAAAACCCGCCACUCGCGAAGGCACCCCGGGCCACCUUCCUGGAUAUCAAAUGCAAAAAUGUCUGGGUCUGGAAACUUGUAAUGCUGCGUUGGGAAUAGUGAAUGCUCUGUAAUGCACAGGCAAGCAUCAGAAAUAUCUGUGCUUCUUUGUGGUGCGUUUUUCGCAUGACAAACUGCGUUUUUGCAGGACAUGCAAAAGGGUCUCUUCUUGGACACGCAUCACAAACUUUUUGGUCAUGCCAGACAAGCAUGACAAACUUGCAUUCUUCCAGACCCAGACAUUUUUGCAUUUGAUACUGGACUACGGAGAGGAAAAUCACGGCGACGAGCUUUGUUCCUCCCGCCCGCAGCUCUUCGUGCAGGACUGCUUUCGCGUGGAGGAGGCCCAGACCGCGCGGUGGAAAGCCAAGCCCUACCUACGACCCUACUGCGAAGUGGAGUUGGAAUCUGCAGAUCACAGUUUUCAAGCGCCUCGGCAGGGACAGGAAAAAGGACCGUCAGUCGCGGCCUCAUCUUCGUCCUCCAGUCAGGCGGGUCGGCGUGGAGAUAAGAAGAGAGUGACGACGGGUACUUCCCAAAAUUUUUCGCAUUCCUGCAGCAGAGGAACACCUUCACUAGCGAAAUAAAACUAGAAAUGUUUAUUUUGUUUUUCAUAUGACGGCCAUGUCAUUCGGUUUGGGCUUUGCUUGACGCACCAUGAAGGUUUGUUUUGUUUGUACUUAUUCAUUCCUAAGUGUAAGUAGAACUUUGUGCAAAAGCUAAAUUAACAUAAAACUACAGCUACUGCUACACAACCGUUUUUUAUAUUCUAGGCACACCAGGGCGAACCGCAACGAACCCAGCGAGGAGACCUUCAGCCGGUAACUCGAACGAACUCAAGGUACCUGAUGACGACGACGACCAGGACCUUUCGCAUUACCCAAGCAACAGCCGCAAACCAGCCUUGAUGCGGAGUAGUAGAACCAGUGCAGCGAGGACUUCGCGCCAGGCCCUGGUGAAACUCGCAAGAAAGACGGGGAGCACGGCGGACACGGUCCGUAAAAAACCUUCGGGGCGCCCUAUCACCGCCUCCACGGGCCGGCACCACAAGUGCUUCCGCAUGGCCUGGGCGCUGGGCCGCCCGCGCGGACUCUCCUACCACUUCGGCAACAGUCGGUCCUUCCAGAAAAUGCGGUUUUGGGACCUGGUUCGUUUGAAAACGAUCCAGAAAACGCGGCUGCAGCAGGAGAGCCGCGGGGGAGGUGGUGCCCCCGGAAUUAUUGCGACAGCGGGUGCAGGAAAUGGCAGCAGACGACGCUCUGGCAGGCGGCGGAGGAGCGGCGAUGAAAGCGAGCGUCGAAGCCAGAACAAUGCGGAAGAACGACGUCACCACAAUGAAAACGAAAAUGAUUUUUUCCCGUACUACGCGCACAGAAGGCAUCGGGAAGAAAUGGACGCAAAUGCCGUGGAGAAGCUACCGUACGACGCAAACUAUCCUGGGAGAAAUAGCGACUGUCGUGCUCGUCGUCUGAUAGUAAUUGCAUGAAUCUUGCAUGACAGCCGUUCUUGUCUCUGUGUGUCGAAUCUGCAACGCAAAUUCAGUUUUUCAUGAUUUCUUUGUCAUGCAAAUCUUACUAGCACAACAGGUUUGCAAAAUGCAUACGAAUCAUCCCUACCAGAACUCGGACGUGUACGAGUCUGCGGACCAGGUGAAGAAGUACUACUACCGUGCCAUAUCCUCUGCAAAAGUACCGUACUCGUGAUAGGUAAAUUGCGAUAUAGUAAUUUUUGCAUGACAGAUUUUGAUUUACUGUCAUCUUACUUGUUAAAUCUGCAUGACAAACUCGAUGUUUCGUAUGCAAUCAUUUGUCAUGCGAAGAUCAAGUAGUCAGAUCUCUACUGGUGCAAUACCUUUUGCAAAAAUGCAUACACCGGCUGGAACAACCAUCUUCUCAACCCGAAUUGGUUUAGCGCGUUUCAAAAAGAGGACUGGCGCGAGCGGGAGUUUUUCGUGCAGAACGCGGCGCUGGCCGACCUCGAUCCGUUUGACGGAGAGCAGGAAUCCGAGCCCGACUCCGUGUUCGACGCGGAUGACCGGCUCCGUGUAUCAAAUGCAAACAUCGAUCUGGGUCCUCUGCAAACUUGUGAUGCGAAAAUGUGGAUAAAUGGAAUAAAUCGUUCCGCAUGCUGCCCAGCAUGACAACGCCUUUCGUGGCCGAGAGCGCUUUCUCAUAGGCAGUCUGGAUCAGGUGAGUGAGACUGCGUUUCUGCAUGACAAAAGAGGCUGCGACUUUUGUUGAUUUUAUGCAAAAGCAAAACUACAGAUUUCCCAGGAAUCGGAAGCUAGCAUUACAAGUUUUUCAAUUUUUCAGACCCAGACAUACUUGCAUUGGAUACCACGAGCUGGACGACGAACUGGCGCACCUCGCCCAAUAUCGAAUGCAAAUGUGUCUGGGUCGGGAAAGAAUGAGAUUUGUGAUGCAUGCUUUCGAUCAUACAAAUUACCACCUGUAGAAUUGUGUAUGUAUUUCUCAACACGCAGCAGAUUUUCAGGUAGGCAUGAGAAAUAACCUGUCGCACCACUGCAAUUAUGCUGCAUCGCGGGUCAUGUAAGAUUUGCAGCACAUCUCUCAUCAAUCUUCCCGACCCAGACAAGUUGGCACCGCACACCCAAGAGAGCGAGGACGACGAGCCGCUGCCCCCGCCGUUCCAAGUGCGGGAAGACCGAGCGAAGACGGCGACGCGCAACUACCUGAAGCCCUUCUUCUGGUGGGCCGUGCACCGCGCGCUCGACAUGGAGGCGGCCCAGGUCGUGGUGCAAAGCUGCGUGGAGCUGGUCCGGGACCAGGUUGUGGCGGAGGAGGAGGCCGACCUGGCGACCGCCGUGCUGGACGCCGUCGCGGACAAGGUGGCGCGGAACGUGCUGGACCUCGAGCACGGCACCGUCGCCGACGCCUUGGUGCAGCAUGCGGUGGACCGUGCGGGCGAUCCAACCAUAUCCUGUGCAGAAGUAUCGUACUCGUAUUGCAAAAAUCAUGCAUCCCGAGUCAAUCCCCAUUACAAAUUUUAUUUCUCAUGCUGAGGAUGAAAUUUGUAUAUGCAUUUAUACGAGUACGAUACUUUUGCAGUCCAUAGACCAGUGGCGGCCACGAUUUCGCCUCCACCGACCAGAUUCUGCAGACCGUCUACGGAAACGCGGUGCACACACUGAGCAACGAGCACAAGGUGAUCGCCCGGCGCACGCUCCACCGCAUCUACGACACCGUGGUAGACACACUGCAACUCAACGAGGAGCAGGAGUUCGACGGAGGACAAAAGGAACAAAGCGAACCCAACGGGGGCCACCGGAAGGAGGACCUGCUGUUUCCCAGCACCUGGGGAAACCAUAAAACGCUCGGUGGAGCAGACGGGGACAGUAUCUACAGCAUCGACACCUCAGACCACCAGUCCAUCUGCGUUGUGGGCGACCCAGGACGCCCGAAGCUGAAGUCCGAGUUCGGCCCCUUCACGAUCGGGUGCAAGGGAGUUCGCGUGGUCCGGCAUUAUUUCUCCAUGGCCGCGGGGGAUCGCGACUCGAAUUCGUCGUGCGUAGCACAAGAGGACGGAGAGGAAGAGGAAGACACUGAUUUAUUUCUCAGCGAGGACCAACUGCUAGACCGGAAAUACGAGGCACAGCGGCGGCGGCAACAGCGAAGACGGGACCGCCGAAGCGAGAUUUCUGACGAGCGGGAGGUGCGCAAACAGGUGAUGCGCAACGCGAAGAAGUUUCGGCGCGAGCUGCAGAAGCGGCUCCAGUUCCUCGGGGACGCGCACGGACUCGAUAUGGCGUUCUCAACUGUUACAUUCUCAACUGUUACACGGAUUUGCUAUGCAGAAUUGCCAUCAGCCUCCACACGAUCAAGGUGCUUAGCAUGACAAAUCCUCGAAGGGCUAAGCAGCAUGAUAAUCCGUUCCAAAUUUGUAAUGCAAAACGCGCAAUCUUUCCGCUUUCACAUUUGCUGUUCUUGCAUCACACAUUCAUGUAACAGUUGAGGAUGUAACGUUUGAGAACGCCAUACUCGAGCUGCGAAGCUUCGAGCACGACAUCUUCGCGUCGGAGUACGGUGUUUUGAACCCGCACCGGCAGCGCCGCGGUCCUUCCGUCAAAGAGCUGGUUUGGUCCCAGGCGGUGAGGAGAGCGAGCAGUGCCGGGGCGGGGACCGGCGGAAGACGAGUGCGAACCAACUACCCUGAUGAUGAACCACAAGACGAGGGUCGUAUUGUGGAUGGACAGAAAAACUAUCGUGCAACAAACGAUCGUGGCGAAGGAAAACAUGGUGCUCGUGCUCCACCACGACACGGUGCGGGGAAUAAGCCCGAGGUGAGGAACAAAAGCGGCUUGCAAGAUGAAGUUUCUCCGGUCGACGUGCAGGGGCCGAUCUACGUCACGCACGCUGCGGACGCGGUCCCGCACGAGCAGGAAGAGAAACAGGGGAAGCGGGGCAGCAAUAUCCUGAGUAAAAACAACGUCCCCUCUACCCCAAGGCUGUGCAUCAUGAAGGUAGCAAAUCUGCAUCAUGAAGGUAGGUGGUUCUUAUGCGGAGCCCCAUGAGAAUUGUUUUCUAGUCGACGCGCGUCGAAAAUUGUGAUGCUCCAAUGAUCAGCAUAAUAUCUAUAGAUCUUUGUUGAUGUGAUGCUGUUGUUGUUGAAGUAGAAGCGAAUAACAGGAUUGCACUACGAAGCGGCCACAGAACUUGUCAUGCACAACAACCAAAGCUUGUUGAUUUGUGUAGCAGAUUUCCCGUCCUGACUACAAGGUGGGGACGUUUUCCCACGGGAUAAGCAAGCGCGUGAACAAGCCUCCGCGUUCGGCGGGCCCGGCUGGGCGGUACGAUGAAGACACGGGCCGCCCGCGGAGCUUCAGUAGCUGCUACGACCUUAUGGAUUGCAAAAAUGUCUAGGUGUCCGGAAGAGUUAGAACUUGCAUUUCUUGUUUGGCAUUCCUGCUAAAUCUGUGUUGCAUGUUUGUGGCAGCUGCGCGGAUUUUGUGUCAAUGAAAUGCAAAAAAGGAGUACUUUGUAAUGCGGACGCGCGCUACUCACGCAUGAAAUAGAAAAAGCGCUGAAAUAAAUAUUUGGCAUGCGUGGCUGCACUAGGAAGACCAAUUUUGGCCAUUCAGCAUCACAAGUUCAUUCCAGACUCAGACCACAUAUUUGUGAUGCAUAGACCUGGUAGUACAGCAACACCGCGUGCGCGCGGCGGACGCCGAGGGAAGGCAAGGACCGGCGUAUCCUGUGCAAAAGUAUCGCACUCGUAGUAUUUGCAAUCAUGCAUUACAAAUCUUUUGCUUAAGGUUAAGGUGAAUCCGCCGGAUUACAAAUUUUAUUUCUCAUGCUGGGGAAAUUUUAAUUUGUAAUGCAAUUUAUACUCAGUACGAUACUUUUGCACUGCAUAGGGCGGGAAUUGCAGCAACUCGUGGUGGUCCAACGAGGAAUUUUCAACCAGGCCUGGCGUUCAACCCGGAUGAAUUUCGCAUCCUCCGAGCUAGGAAUUGCAAAAGUAUAAAGUAGUACCAAAGCAUCGCACUGAAAUUGUACUUGUAAAAUUGAUUAUAAAGAUAGUCAAUCAGUUGCAUCUUCUAUAGUGCAAGACUUGUACUACAAGAAGUUCUUGCGUAAAAAAAAGCAAUUUUUUGUCAACUACAUGCCAGAUCAACUAGAAGGAUAGAUCUGUCACGACGCAUCAUGCCUGGUGCGAUGAUCUUCACUACGAGUGUGCGAUAUUUUUGCAAAGGAUACGAGCCGGGAGGGACCAACUCAAGAUGUAUCGGGAAGAGGAGGAGCAGGCGAAGGAAAGGGCGAAAAACCUCUGUAGAAGUGCCGCGUCAAAAAAAGCCGCGGGUGGCCGGAAGACGGCGUCCAGUACUUGUUCGUUUGAUAGAUAGUUUCAUAUUUAAAUCAGCUUAAAAAUCGUAGAGUUGAUUUGCACUGCUGGACCUGAUCCUGAUAGUACUGUGUAUUCAUUUUUCACUACGCACGAUCUUCAAUCAAUUGUGUUUCUUGCUUGCUACGGGGCGCAGAGACCCCAGACAUAGCGGUGACAGUACAUGAGGUCAUCGUACGUAGCAAGUUGUACUUCUUCUACAGAACUCAAGAAAAUGCGCCGUAUACAUCAAAGUACCGAAUCAGAUACAACAACAAAACCAGGUUACUACGACGACCGGAAAACCUACCAGUGGGAUGCCCCGGUGGACGUGUUUGGGCGCGAGAAAGCGGAGAUUCUGGCACAGUACAAAGAAAACGAGAAAGCCAAAACUCGGUCCGCCGGCGGUCGUGCGGGUGGGAGUGCGGUGGCAAGCGGUUCUGCGUGGAAACUGGAUCUCGGCGAGGUCGAUUGGAUGGCGGCACUGCAGAUGUAGUAAGCGAAAGCUGCUGGAAGUGGUAAUGGCGUAGCUGUUAUUUUUGGACAAAAGAAGGUCUGUUGCGACGCUCGUGUGAAUGAAAGAAACAGAGUCUCUUGACGUUUUGUAUUUUUUCUCCGUGAAAAAGAGAAAAAGGAAAAGCAGGAGUGCCUUGCUGAAUAGAAUACUUAAAAACACGAACUGCACAUCACAAAAUGAACAGUCUUUUGUGGGGAAUAUCUCAACUGAAUGAGUUCUGUAAAUAUCGGCUGGCAUCGGUGAAUCAAGAUCGAGUAGUUGCGCA